GGUGCGGAGGGGCCGAGCCGGAGAGCGGCCUGUCGUGCGGCACGGGGGUGCGGUGCCAGCUCCCUGCUGUUCUGCGGGGGAUCUGCGUGCAGACGCUCUCCUUGUUCGCGAUAACAUGGCGGCCGCGGGUCGCUUCUCCUCGCUUGAGGCUACAGCUGCGGGACGCGGCCCUGAACGGGAUUCCCGGAGAAGUGAAAGGCGGCCAGAGGGCAGCGUGCGGCGAUGCUGGUGGAGGUGCGCGGAAGAGGAGCUGUAAGGAGCCUGCAGGAAACCUUUGUGUCCUGUGCAACCUGGGUGUUUCCAGGAUAAGGCUGCACCAACCCGGGUGUGCUUCGGCAUCGCGGCUUUGCACUCAGAGAACCGCAGAGCUGCGGAGACAGUCGGGCACCCGGCUCCUCUUUAAAAACGAGGAGGAAGCAGGAAGUUUGCAAGCGAUUUGAGAGACAGUUGCACAGUUUCCUUCCGAAUUUGCUCUGAGAACCCCCACUUAAAUGGAUUCUCCCAAAGAACCUGCGCCUACAGGAGAGUUCAAGUGUCAGCUAUGUGGCCUAACAGCUCCAUACACAUACUAUGGGCAGAAGCCACCCAACACACACUCUAUUGUGAUUUUGGAAGACAGUUAUGUCAUGAAGGACCCUUUCACCCCCGACAAGGAGAAAUUCCUCAUCCUUGGGUCUCUGUGCAGUUUGUGUAGAAGAAGUGUGUGUGUUGGUGCAGAAUGUAGUCUGUUCUACACUAAAAGGUUCUGCCUCCCCUGUGUGAAUGAAAACUUACAGGCUUUUCCUUUGGAAAUACAAGAAGAUAUGGAUAAAAGGAAGCCCCAGUCAAAGUCUAAGAAAAAAAUGGAUUCAAGAACAUAAAUACUGAAAGACCAAGAAAGAGAGACAGUUCUUCGGCUGAGCUUUCUCCUCUCUCCUUUUUAAGACUAUCAUGUUGCUCCUUUUGAAGUAGUGACCUUCAUUAACUCACUGCUACAGAACACAGCUACACGUUUCCCACUGGCUUGGCUUCAAGCAUCACCGUGCAGCAAUUGCAGCACCAGCAGAAUGGCCUUAGGGUGCUGGAAAAGCAGAAGGAAUGUCAGAAAGGCCUGUUUGUUGCCUUAUCAAAUGCAUGUAGUAAAAAACUGAACAGCUUAAAGCAUAGGAACUGUAUCCCAGUUUUCCAUUUGCUGUUUUAAUGUUUUGUAUGGUUCUUGAUAAUCCUACAGUGUUAUGAAAAAUCUGAGAGAUUUAUCUGACUGAAUUCGCUAUACGUCCAAGAAUGUAAGUAGCAAUUGUUAACCUGCCAUUGUUAGCUUGGUAAGAUUACAGUGAGGAAGGAAGUCAGAGCUUUAUUUUUAAGUCCAAAAUGAAACUGGUGGGACAGAAUGUUAUAGAUGGCCACAGAAAUAUCUAAAUUCAAAAUUCCUGUAUCAGUACUAUCACAGAAAGUACAUGCUUUUAUAAUGGCAACACUUAAUUUUUUUAAAAUAAUAAUUUUUAAAAGGAUACAAAUCUGCAGUCACUUUGCACUCAGCUUUCCAGUCCGUCUCUGCACAGUGAUAGAAGAGGUUACUUUGUCUAGUUUAAUAUGGAAAUCCAGCUACUGAAGUCAAUUAUUUUCUGAAGCGGGCAAUUGAACAAUCAGGAUUUGAGAAACAUAGUUUUAGUAAAAAAUAUAUAUAUAAAAAAUUGCUAGGAGAAAAAGCAAUUUCUUUAGUCUGUAUAUUGGCAUCAUGAAUGUCUGUGUUGACUUUGCCUUAAUUACAAGGAAGAUUUAUAUGCUAAUAUAGUCAAUCAGUCACACACCUUGAGGAUAUGUCCAGAGUGCUCCAUAAUCUCCGCAUUCAUGCUUUUAUUAUUAAAAAUAUUUUAUUUUUUUUUAUUCAUGUUUUUUUGGUCACUGGUUCAGAACCAGUAUCAGUGCCUCGGUUAACAUUGCUCCUUUUCUCUACUCUUUCAGCUUUAUCAUUUGUUUUAUACUUAUGCAAUCCUUUUAGGAGGAUCAGCCAUGUAUCUGCUAGAAGAAAUCAACAUAAUUUUGAUGAGUUAUUUUAUGUUAUUUAAGACUUUCUAAUGUCCUGGAAUCUUGCACUGUGUUUUUUACUGAACCUCAUGUAUUGGUUUCUGCUGUUGGAGAGUAGAAUUGCUCCUCUAGUAACUGCAAGAAAUCAUGGAUAUAUUACAACCUUUUUCAAGCUCUACUUGCACUUGAGUAUGAAAUGCAUAGGUCUCUUUAAUUGCCUAAAAAAAUACUUGUUAGAACUCAACAUUUCAGAUUCCUUUCUGCAGUAAUAAGAGGUUACUCUUUCAAAUAAAGUGAUGUGCAUCUUGCUUAAAAUUGGUGUUAUUCAAUUUCAGUUUCAUGUUACACACAGCUUCUCCCCCCCCCUCCUUACUUAACACAAGAUCCUAUGGUAUGUUUACACAGGCAAAUGUCUUUCUAAAACGUUAUCUAAGUUUUUAUUUUCUUUAUUUCACAAUGUUUGCAGCAGGUUGUAUGUUAACUCUUAGCCUGAAAGUAGGUUUUAAAAGCCUGGUGAGUGCAGUUCACAUCUGAAUGAAAAUGUGCCUUUGGGCUGUGAGAUACCUGAGGCCUGGGAGGUGCACCCACACGGUGCUGGGAAGGACCUCUGCUCUCUGAGCUGUUUUGCCUCUAAUUCAACCUACUGUGUGCCCUUCUGUCAUCUGUGAUCCUUGUGCUAGGAAAGGAAAGCUGGCCUACCUGUGAUUAGAGACCUCCUGUAAUGACAGUUAUUAUCUGUGUCUGACUGUUACUGCUUGCAUAUUCUGCAUUCUAAUAUUUCCUACUGAACGUGGGCAUUAUGCUCUCUAUCACAAUGUGUUGGUAUAUGUGUGAUUUUACAGAUUGAAUGCUGUCAUCGUACCUAAACUUACCACAGCUGAGCAGCCGUGAGUCCUUCUUUACAGGAUGCACAAAGCCUUUACAGUUGGGUUUUAUCAACUUCUCUGAGUACUGUCUUCUGCUGAGAAUGAGGCCCUCAAUCCUCCAGCACACAGAUGAUAAAAAAAAGUUUAUUUACUCUGCUGUGAUUUUCCUUCAGCACUGUUUUACCACUUCAAUAAAUCCCUGGGUUUGCAAAGGAAAGAAUGCAUAUGUAUGUUACGCACACAUCCCUAACAGUUAAUCUACAAGCAUCCACACGUUCUAGAUACUUCAAAUAGUAUUCUGUCAUUAAAAAACCCUUGUAAUACCAACACGUUAUAUAGUAAGCUUAUGUUGCACUUCUUUUUAAAAACAGACAUUUGUUGCCAGUCCCCACAGUAAAUGCAGCCAUUCCUACCAAAGCUCGCUUUAUCCACUCUUGGUCACUAGUAGAAGUACUAUCCCUGGUGUGAAGUUGAGCAGCUGAGUGCUUUCUGAAGCAGAGUCCUGGAUAUCAAAUCAAGGGAAAUUUGUUUGAAUUAUUCAUUAACUAGAAGAGCACUCCUGCCACUGGUGCUGUCUCAGAAGGAGUGACGGCUGCCAUGGUGUGCAGGCACAUCACCACCACCUGCCCUGCACACCCGGGUUCUGACUCUGCACACGUUGACAGGAGCUGCCAGGUGAGGACGUAAGCUGUACAGGAGGUCAGAGCAGAACUAUCUUAGUGUACUUAAAAGCUAUCGAUGCAUGUAUGGUCAUUGGAAGGGAUUCAGGUAAGAUGUGGCAGCUGCUUCAGAUAAAGUACAAGAGGCCACCAGCAGAGUGUAACAACUCUGCCAGUCUCAAAACCACAACAGUAGCAUGACUUAUUUUCUGGAAAUGAAAGAUCAGCACAAGUCAUUUGGUUCAUUUUAAAAAUACUUUAUUUUUUUUUUAAACCAUUAAGGCAAAAACGUAUUGCAAAUUAAUUGUGUUUACAUUCAAUCUUGCAGGAUAACUUUUUUUUUUUUUCUUUUU